CCUGGGGGAGGGAGGACCCCUUAGAACUUGAGUUUGGUUAACAAGGUAGCCCUGGAAAACCCAGCCGGGAGACAGCUCUCUGGAACAUGUGUGGGUGUUGUACACAGGGCAGCUUCUCAAUUCUGGAAAACUGGAUUCGAAAGCUUGAGAGGCAUGUUUUAGUUUUGAUUGCCAUUCUAUUGAUAUCUGAGCCAAAGUGGUGAUGCUACCUGAGGGAAAUUUCUGCAACCCGUAAUACGAGAUUUAAAUUAUCUAUACUGCUCUAUCUUCAAGGGAUAAUUCAAGAGUAAUGAGACAUGGCCAACCACUAAGAUCGUGAGCCAUGCCUUUAGUGAAGAGGAACAUCGAACCCCGGCACUUGUGCCGGGGAGCCCUGCCUGAAGGGAUUACCAGUGAACUUGAAUGUGUAACCAAUAGUACUCUUGCUGCUAUCAUACGCCAGCUAAGCAGUCUAAGCAAACAUGCUGAAGACAUAUUUGGUGAGCUGUUUAAUGAGGCUAACAACUUCUACAUCAGAGCAAAUUCUCUUCAAGACAGAAUUGAUCGCCUUGCUGUCAAAGUUACCCAGCUGGAUUCAACAGUGGAAGAGGUGUCACUACAGGAUAUCAACAUGAAAAAAGCUUUCAAAAGUUCCACAGUUCAAGACCAGCAGGUGGUUUCAAAGAACAGCAUUCCUAAUCCUGUUGCUGACAUUUACAACCAGAGUGAUAAGCCACCUCCUCUGAAUAUUCUUACACCAUACAGAGAUGAUAAAAAGGAUGGGCUGAAGUUCUACACUGAUCCUUCCUAUUUCUUUGACCUCUGGAAAGAAAAAAUGCUGCAGGACACAGAAGACAAGAGGAAGGAGAAGAGGCGUCAAAAGGAGCAAAAGCGUAUAGAUGGCACAACCCGGGAGGUGAAAAAGGUUAGGAAGGCCAGAAACAGGCGCCAGGAAUGGAGUAUGAUGGCAUAUGACAAAGAGCUUAGACCCGACAACAGACUGUCUCAGAGUGUGUACCACGGAGCAUCUUCCGAGGGAUCCCUGUCCCCAGACACUAGGUCGCAUGCAUCGGAUGUCACAGAUUAUUCUUACCCGGCAACUCCCAACCACUCUCUGCACCCGCAGCCCGUGACCCCUUCUUACACAGCCGGGGACGCGCCACCGCAUGGGCCGGCAACCCAGGCCCCAGAGCAUGAGUACCGACCCCCCUCGGCCUCGGCGAGGCACAUGGCCCUAAACAGACCCCAGCAGCCACCGCCGCCACCCCCACCACAGGCCGCAGAGGGGUCCCAGGCCUCCGCACCCAUGGCGCCAGCAGACUACGGGAUGCUGCCAGCACAGAUAAUUGAAUAUUACAACCCCUCAGGACCUCCUCCUCCUCCACCACCCCCCAUGAUUCCUUCAGCACAAACUGCUUUCGUCAGCCCCCUACAGAUCCCCAUGCAGCCCCCCUUCCCUGCCUCGGCGGGCUCGUCCUACACGGCUCCUCCUCACCCUCCCACCACUGGGCUCGUGGUCACAGCCCCGCCACCACCAGGCCCACCGCCUCCUCCACCAGGCCCUCCUGGUGCAGGCUCUUCUCGCUCCUCCUCUCCAAUGCAUGCCCCCCCUGCAGCCGAGGCAAAGCGCCAGGAGACGGCACAGCCACCCAUAAGUGAUGCCCGAAGCGAUCUUCUCGCUGCCAUUCGAAUGGGGAUUCAGCUGAAAAAGGUACAAGAACAGCGUGAGCAAGAGGCCAAGCGUGAGCCAGUUGGGAAUGAUGUGGCCACAAUUCUAUCCAGACGCAUCGCCGUCGAGUACAGCGAUUCUGACGAUGACUCAGAGUUUGACGAGAACGACUGGUCCGACUGAGGCGGCAUGCUGACGAGGCCGGGUGCCACCGGGAGACCAUGUGUCAGAAACGUGUUGAAAAUUUUCAGUGGUCUCAGCACCCACAUAGUGGUAUUAUAAUCCUGUAGCUUAGCAACUUUUGUAUUAAUAAUGUGAUAUUGCUUUUGCACAUCCAAAAAUUCUGGGUUUUUUCAGUAUUUACUGUGUAAUACUUAAGUGCCACUAAACAUAGCAAAAUCGUGCUGCACCUGAGGAGAUAUGCUGUAACUAUUGCAUUGUCCUGACACAGCAUCUUGCUUCCUUUUUCUCGGCCCUGAAAGUACUUCGUGCCAUUUGGGUUUCCCCUUCUUGAUCGCUACUGUUCCCCAGACUUGCUGUGUGUGUGUGCAGCUGCCUGGUGUUAGCUCUUCUGCAAGAUUAAUGACCGUGUGUCAGAGUGAUGUCUUCCGAUCAGUCAGUGAUAGCGUUUCACCCAUUUUGUUUGUUUGUUCCAAAUGUGUUGCACAAGAAGUUGGUUCUGGAGGGAAAGAUGGAACACAUACAGAGAGUCAAACGUUUCUGCUUUCCACCCUGGCUUGGCGGCCCCUGUGUGAGUUGGAGGCGAUCUCGCUUCCUCUGCACUCUUGUAAAAUGUGGAAUCGGAGGGGCCCGUUACAGGCGGGUUCCCUGUGGCGUGCACUUGGUCCAUGCUGGUUGAUGAUUCCUCCGAGACAGUCCAGUAGCUCCGCAGUGAUGACAGUGAAGAACAGGAAGAGAUGUUCCCUUUCCUCCAGGGGCCAUCAGGGCCCACACUGCAAAUACCUGGCUACCCUUGGAGUUUUGGGUGCCAGCCGGCCAGGCCAAUGCAGACAUGGCAGGCCCAGGGUGGGGGGGAGGGCGGGGGGAGUGUGUCGGGGGUUGCAUCACCACCACCUAUCCUGGAGCUGCCAUGGCCUCACUUAGGCCCGUGGAGUGCCUGGCUCCUCUCUGGGGGUGGUGGGGUGAGGGUGUACCACCUCCCGGUGCAGAGGAGCCACCCCCCUGCCCUGCCCCCACCUUACCCGGAGCCGCUAAGGCCUCUGUUAGGGCCCCUGUUAGGCCCUUGGAGUGGUCCUGGCUCCUUGGCCUGCUCCUGAGAGCGCCUCCCACGGCACCUUGAUCCACGUGAUCUGAAUUUUAAAAGCAUAGAUUUUAGGUGAAAGUAGAUGCUGACAGCUAUUCGCUUCUCCUGGUGCUGUGGCCAGAUUAGGGAUCCAUCACCCAAGUAGGGCCUUGGCCCUACUCCUAGAAGCACACGGUUCUCUUUUCUCAUGUUGUCGUUGGCACAUUAAAUUUUAAGAAGUACCUCAGAUUAGAUUAGACAUGUAGCUGUACCAGAUCACUUUCCUUUCACCUUAGCUCUUGCUGCUGUUCCACCUCCAAGGAACUGGAGAGCCCCACAGGGUUGAUCUUCCUGGUGACAGCAGACCACUGGAAAACUCACGGAUGGCAGCUUUUCUCUUAUGAUUUUGGAUGAAGGGUAACUGCUUGUUUAGAACAAAUAAAUGCCCCCAGGCUUCGAUUAUAGAUAGGACUUCACAGGUAUACUAAGACACUUUACUUACUAGGGAUUCUUACCAUGUGCAGCAUUUCAGACAGAUGGCAGUUAUUGGUGACUCUGUCACGAUGAAGGAGUCUUUAGCUCAAGAUAGAGUUGUCUGGUUCAUGGUAGUUGCCGAAACAGGACCAUGACCAAUGGAUUUUUGUUAAUGAGUCCUCCUGAGGACUUCAGCGGCGCCCCUAAACCAUGUCCGUGUGUCCCCCAAGUGGACAUUUAUUGGGCUUGUGGGCAGUCAUCAUAUAAAGCCCAUAUAUAAGGUUUUAAUUACCUAGAUUUUGAAACUCUGAAAAGCCUAAUAUCUGCAUCCCCUUCCCAAGACCAUGCUUCUUAUAUCAGGUUAUCUGAGUCUUUUCAGCUGUUUCGGCACAUGCUUCUCGAGUUUCUGUUUCUUAGAGCUAGUCACCAUAAUUUUGUUGAAUAUAAGCAGUAAUUACUAAUGAACUUUUAAAUUUCUCUCUGAUUUCUCUCCUUUUUUUUUUUUUUUUUUUUUUCAGCAUAAAGGCCUACUGUGUUGGCAUUAUUCUUGGGACUUUCACCAUUUAUAGUUUGAGUUUGUCUUUAUUACAGUAUUUUGUUUUUGUUGUUACUUUUGGAUUAGGAAUUACUCGUUAUAAUUCUAGAACUUUAUUUGGUAAUGCUUCUUUGUUUUUUAUGUCCCUUCUGUUCUCAGGAUGAAGAGAACACAUAAAGCUACUAUCCAUGUCAGGAUUUCUUCUAUUUAUAUCGUAUUACAAUAAAAUUACUGGCACUUUAUUCAUAAAUAUUCAUAAGCCUAUUAAUUAUUAGUUGUCUUCCUGUAGUUUAAUCAACAAGUUAUUUUCAACUUGAUUUUCUGACUAGUGAAAAAGCUUUUGCCCUAAUGUGUUGCAUAGCCUUUAAAGGAAUGGAGAAGGACUAAAACUCAAUUUAGAUUAUUUUUGCAGUAUUUUCUCAGCAAAUCUGAUUUAUUCUAAAAUUUAAAUCCAGACUUUUUCUAAUGUGCUAUAUUACACGAAAAGGAAAAAGUGAAUAUUUUGGAUUUUCUGUUUUCAUUUUCAAAAAGUGUUUACCAAAACGAAUGGAGAAAAAUAUUUAAAAACAUAUUUCAUAUUAAUGAAUUUUGCAUUUUAAAGUAGUAUUUCUAUAUUAUGAGGUUAUUUUAAAUUGCCCUCCGUUUCCCCACCUCCCCCAUGCAUAUUUUAGAUUUCUUACAAGCUUUUUUUCAUGUUAUAGAUUAGGUAGAGAGGAUGAGAAGGUUACUCGGUAUCACACAUUAGCUACACAGACAUAACGUGAUUGGUUUUCUAUUGUCAGCCCCAAACCAUGAGAUUUGGUACACUUAUGUUUCUCUUUAGUGAAUGUAUAUGGUUAGAAAAUUAACAUUUUCAUUUCAGUAAAUUUUUAGAAUAUCAAAAUCUUUUCUGAGCAUCAAGUGGCUAGGUUGUGAAAGUUUUGUAAUAAUUUGCAACUGGAAUACAUGAUACGUUUUAAUCCAUUAAAGACUAGUGGGAAUGUAUCAGCCAGAGUAGCAAGUAAUUUUUGUUUUAUAAAUCAGAGUAUCUGUCACCUUGCAGUAUUACCAAUGCUGUUGUAAAUUGAACUUAAAGUGGUAUUAAAAAAAAAAAAAACCUCCUGUUAAACAAUUUUUAUCUGUUUGUAUAUCUUACUAUAGAUUAUGUACAAGUAACAUCUAAAUAAAAUUACACUUUUAACCCUAAAA